UGUACCACAUAGUUUAGUAUUAUAAAUUUUGCGUUUCUUUUUUAUGAAGAGCGAACUUGGGCUUAUAUUUUCUGCUGUAGUAGAAAAACAACCCAAACCCUCUCUUCUCUUCUUAAAAAACGCACCCCAUUCCUCCCUAUUUGCAUCGCAUUUGUUCUUGAAUCUAUUUGAGUAGUCUCGCUGCCGCUUAGAGAGAGAGAGUUGUGAGAGAAUGUUCCAACCCAAGAAACCGUCAACUAUGAAUUCCCAUGAUAGACCCAUGUGUGUUCAAGGCGACUCUGGUCUUGUGCUCACCACAGACCCCAAGCCUCGCCUGCGUUGGACGGUCGAGCUUCAUGAACGCUUUGUCGAUGCUGUUACUCAGCUUGGAGGACCUGACAAGGCCACACCAAAAACAAUCAUGAGAGUUAUGGGUGUGAAAGGUCUUACACUUUACCACCUCAAGAGCCAUCUCCAGAAAUUCAGGCUUGGAAAGCAACCUCACAAGGAAUUCAAUGAUCACUCUAUAAAAGAUGCUUCGGCGCUAGAUCUUCAAAGAAAUGCUGCAUCUUCAUCUGGUAUGAUGGCUCGUAGCAUGAACGAGAUGCAACUGGAAGUGCAGAGAAGACUUCAUGAGCAAUUGGAGGUACAAAGACACCUUCAAUUGCGGAUUGAGGCUCAAGGGAAGUAUAUGAAGUCCAUAUUGGAAAAGGCUUGUCAAACCCUGGCGAGCGAAAAUAUGGCUACUGGAGGCUAUAAGGGUAUGGGAAAUCAAGGAGUUCCUGACAUGGGAGCAAUGAAAGAUUUCGGUCCUCUCAACUUUCCACCAUUUCAAGACCUCAAUAUUUGUGGAGGUGACCAACUUGAUCUUCAACACAUGGACAGACCAUCAGUUGAUGGUUUCAUGCCAAAUAGCGAUAACAUUUGCUACGGAAAGAGGAGGCCUAGCCCUUAUAGUAGUAGCGGGAAGAGUCCUUUGAUUUGGUCUGAUGAGCUCCGAUUGCAGGACUUGGGAACAGCUCCACCAUGUCUAGGACCUCAAGACGAUCCUUUCAAAACUGAGCAGAUUCAAAUUGCACCACCUCCUAUUGAUAGAAGCACUAAGAUAGAAUCUAUAUCAGAGAUUUACGAAGCAAAGCCGUUGCUUUCCGGUGAUGGAAUAGGUGAAAAGAAGUUUGAAGCAUCGCCUAAGCUGGAAAGGCCAUCGCCAAGAGGAGCACCACUUCAGACAGAGAGGAUGAACCCUGUGAUAAAUACUGGUAGUGUGACACAAGGGAGAAAUUCACCAUUUGGAUUAUCAAUUGCUAACAUUUGACUUAUUAGACCGCAAGUGACUUAAGAUUAAUUAUGCUCCUGUGAAUCUGAUAUUUCAUUAGGUUUUAGAAAAUUAUAAUUACAAUGGGGUUCUGUCUCAGGUAUAGGAUAAUGCAAGCCAUGCAUGCAUGCAUGGCAAUCUUUAUUAGUUAAAAUUUUUAUGAAUUUAAUACAUCAAUUUGUACUUCACUUGAUCCUUAAUUAUAUGACAUCGA